AUGUUAAGGAAAAGCAAAUCAUUAAUUUUAAAAUACUUUCUUAACCUCAUUAAUGGAGCUUUCCUGGUUCUUGGACUUUUACUCAUAGGAUUUGCUGCAUGGCUUUUAUUGGAUAGAAAUAAUUUUUUAACUGCUCUAAAUGAAAGUAAUCACUUGAUAGUAUAUAUUUUUGGAAUUUUAAUUGGAACUGGAUCAGCUAUUGUUCUUCUUUUUCUCUUGGGUUAUUUGGGAAUUCAAUAUGAAAUCAGAUGGCUCCUAGUUCUGUAUGCAGUACUGUUAAUCUGGGCCUUUGGUGUUCAGGUUGCACUUUCAGCACUCAUCUUCACAAAGAAAGAGGAGGUUCACCAAGUAUGGCAUGAUGAAAUUGAUUUAGUCAUUUCUCAGUAUGGAUCUAAAGAUGUGCCUGAAGACAUAUUUAAGUGGACUAUCCUGAAUGCUUUACAAAAAACAUUGCAGUGUUGUGGCCAACACAAUUACACAGAUUGGAUAACGAAUGAGAAUAAAGAAAAUUCAGAACAGGUGCCAUGUUCUUGCACGAAUUCUACAUUAAGAAAGUGGUUUUGUGAUGAGCCACUGAAUGCAACUUACUUAGAGGGUUGUGAAAAUAAAAUCAACACAUGGUAUCAAGCUAAUGCUUUAUUAUUAAUUGGAAUUAACUUUGGACUUUUGGUUUCAGAGGUUUUGCAAAUCUCAUUAACUGUCUCUUUCUUCAGACAUAUCAAGAACAGAAUAUUUGCAGAAAUGUGA